UUAACCCUAUAAAGGUGACGCCGGAAGCUCAUCCUGUCGUUUUACAGUACAUUAUGAAGAAGGAGCAAGUUGUUAAAUGUCAGUUUUCGGUCUGGUAUCCGAUAUUUAAGAAAUUCACGAUAAAGAGUUUGAUUCUUCCUCUGCCUCAGAAUGUAAUUGAUUAUUUGCUGGACGAUGGGACACUUGUAGUACCAGAUGGUGAAAGCCUCACUCUGCAAACUCACAACAACCCUAGUGACUCUGAAGGAGAUGAUGUCCAGUGGUCAGAUGAUGAAACAACCGAGACUGUUAUAGCCCCAGAGUUCCCAGAUUUCAAUGCUAAAGUGCUUGAAGCAAUAAAUGCUCUUGGUGGGUGUGUGUUCCCUAAACUCAACUGGAGUGCACCUCGUGAUGCUAACUGGAUCGCUUUGAACAGUUCACUGCAGUGCCAGAGCCUCAGUGACAUCUUCCUUCUGUUCAAGAGCUCAGAUUUUGUCACACACGACCUCACACAACCAUUUAUUCACUGUAGUGAUGUUGAUUCUCCAGAUCCAGCCAUUAGCUAUGAGCUGGUCUUGAGGAAAUGGAGUGAGUUGAUACCCGGCGGAGAGUUCCGGUGCUUUGUAAAGGAGAACAAGUUGAUAGGUAUCUCUCAGAGAGACUACACACAGUACUACCAUCACAUAUCUAAACAGGAAGACAGCAUCUGUCACUCUAUUCACGACUUCUUCAGGGACCACAUCCAGUACAAGUUCCCCGAUGAUGACUUUGUUAUGGAUAUCUACAGGGAUAGCUGUGGGCGGGUUUGGCUGAUUGAUAUGAAUCCAUUUGGGCCAGUCACUGACUCUUUGCUAUUCACCUGGGAGGAACUGACCUCCGGGAGCCGUCUGACAGCCAGUCAGACACAAGAUGACAUGCCCCAAGAGGAGGGGCCUGCAUUCCGUUACACCACCAGUGAAGUCACCGUUCAGCCCAGCCCUUGCCUGAGCUACAGAAUGCCCAGAGACUUUGUGGACCUGUCCACGGGAGAGGAUGCCUACAAACUCAUUGACUUCCUCAAACUGACAAAAAGACGACAGGAAGCAGAGGAAUCUGAGGGAGAGGCGUAGAUGGUGUUGAAGAAACACACACACACACACACACACACACACACACACACAGAGCAGUAAAUAAUGGACUAGAUGAAUCCAGAACCACUGUCGUCUUAUAAUUACAGUUCUCAUUCACAUAUCAAGACCUGCAUCCUAUCUCCCAACUCCUUACAUUUUCAAAUAAUUUAGUGUUACAGGUUUUUUGUAAAAGCUUAGCAGUAGCCAUUAAAACGUAUUACUGGAUCUAGGAAGUUAGUCUUAUGGAAAUAAUGUCUUGAAAGAACAGGAAUUUUCCUUUUCCUUGAGGAAUAAAUGACUAGGUGCUAGAAAGUUUGUGAACCCUUUAGAAUUGUCUGUGUAUCAGCAUGAAUCUGCUCUAAUAUGUGAUCACAUCUUCAUCUACGUCCUAAAACUUGAUAAAGUGGACCCAGUUCAACAAAAAACAAAA